ACCCGGGUGAUGCUUUGUUGACAAACAUGUCCAAGAGAAAUCUGUUGAGAAUUUGUCGAGAAUGUUGAGGCGUCGGUGAGGUAGCCAUGGAGGUGCCCAUCAGAGUGGUCUCCAGGGUCCGGCCCUGCAAUGCCCAGGAGCAAAGUCAGGGGACGUGUGUGGAGGCUGCGCCCGCCUCCUCGCAGGUCAUCCUCGGCUACGACCACUUCUGCGACUUCGAUGCCGUCUUCGGGCCCGACGUGACGCAGAAGGAGCUGUACUCGGCGUGCUUGGCGGACCUGGUGCUGAGCUUCUUCCAGGGGUACAACGUGACGGUCUUGGGGUAUGGCCAGCGUGGCUCCGGCAAGACCUACACACUGACGGGGCCGGACUUCCUCUGGGCCAUGAAUGAGGAGGAGUUUGGGCUCCUUCCCCAGGCCGUACGACACAUCUUUAAUCUCAUGAGGGAGUGUCCGGGGCGCGAGUACCGCAUCCACGUGAGUUACCUGGUGGUGCAGCGCGAUGCCGUGUACGACUUGCUUUCGGCCACCAACUCCUACCUGCAGCUUAAUGUUCUCGAGGAUAACAUGGGCAAUGUUGUCAUCCCCGGCCUCAACGUGAUCGACUGCAGCAACAUCACGGAGGUCAUCAACUGUCUGGAGGCCGGCUUGGUGCACCGUCACACUGCCGCCCUGCACAGCCACGACCCCGCCGCCUCGCACGCCAUCUUCUCCCUCAUCCUCGAGCACCAGUGGAGUGAUGCGGACGGCAAGAUGAAGUACCUCUACUCACGCAUGAACUUUGUCGAUCUGGGCGGGUCCGAGCGGCUGAUGCAGUUCGGUUACGGCGAUUUCGGGCUCCCCAGCGAGGACUCCUUCUUCCUCAACUCAGACCUCAAGGCGCUGAGCAACGUAAUCCACUACCUGGCCGACCAUUCUUACACCGGCCCCGUACCCUACAAGGAAUCAAGGCUCACUCAUAUUCUCAAGGACGCCUUCGGGGGGAACAGCCUUUGCCUCAUGGUCUGCUGCCUCUCCCCUUCCCCCGAGGAUUUUGACGCCACCUUCCACACGCUCAAGUACGGAGGCAUGGCGCGGUAUAUCCUCAACUGCCCCGCUGUCAACAUGGCCAUCCAGAACAGCGCCCCGGCCUCCUCCUCCGCCACCACCCUCACCCCCUCCUCGCUGCACACCACUCUUAGGCAACAGUCCACCAGCAGGCAGUCCACCCUAACCGGCCUUCAGAGCAGCGUCCACCACUCCACCGGCACAGUCCACCAGUCCACCGCCACCUCCGCCACCUCGGGCCCCACCACCGAGGACCCUCCGCCCCCACCUCCGUCUGAACCUGAGGAUAUGUUCAAGUUCCAGUUCGCGGCGUCCCAGUGGCAGCAACUUGUGUCCAGCGCGGAGGACCUGCUGUCGGGGAUCCUGCAGGGGGCACAGGUGACGGCCGGGGAGAAGACGCGGAUCGAGGCGUGGAUGUGCAUGAAGGCGGAGGCGGAAGAGUGCAUCGGGGUGGAUCUCGGCACGCUGCGGUUCAACUCUUCCACUAACAGGGUGCUGGAAGUGAUCGAGGAGCUUAGCGAGCCUGAGAUCACCGGCACCGUCUCACCUCCGAUCUCAUCCACCGAGGGAGGGACCGAGGACGACAGGAGCGCGUCAUCGUCCACCAUCUCAUCGCUGGGGGAGGAAUUCUACGACCAGCUAGCGCUCCUCUCUAACAAGUUCACCAGCAUCACCGAGCAGCUAGUGGAGGGAGUGCAGGACAGCUGCGACACUCAAGCCAACGUGCGGAGAAGCGCUGAGCGACGACGGAGGCACCAAGGCGAUCGGGAGAAGGAGAACGAGGAGGAGAGGGAAACAGACGAGGAGGAAAGAGAGGAAAUGGAGCGGAGGAAAAACGUGAGACUACCAAUGAAGAAGAAAGAGGAGGAGGAGGAGGAAGAGGAGAAGAAGUUGAAGGCUAUUUUAAAGACCCCAAAGCUGGUAAAAAAAGCCCCGUUGUCCGCUCGGCUUCACAGGGGGCUCCAAGGGGCGCCGCGGAGAACUAACAUCAGCAGUAUUAGCCCCCAUAGAAGCAUACCAACACCCCCGUCCUCCGCCCCCCCUCUGAAGAUAGACGAACGGAGAUGCCUGUCUGCCGCUGAGAAGAAGAUGUGUAUUCUGUCCCUGCUUGAUGAGUGUGGCGAUGGUGGUGAUGGUGGUGAUUCGGACUCCGGUGGUGAUAGUGGUGGUGGUGAAUCUAGUGGGAAAGAAUCGGACGAAGACUCCAGUAUGUCGAGGAGGAAGUCAAGUUUGUCAUUUUCGUCGCAAAUCUUAGAAUCGCCAAAGAAAAUGCAGAAGCAGGAGGGGGUAGGCGAGGAAUCGGUGUCCCUGGUGGAGGAGAUGAAGCGACUCUCGGCCUCCCGUGAGUCUCGCCGCGGGCAGGUCCGUCGGGCGAGCAUGGAGCUUCGGGCGGCCCAGCAGAGACUCAAGCAGCUCAACGCAACGAUUAGGCUGAAGGAGGCGUUCAUCCGUGAGCUGGUGCGGAGUGGAGGGGAGGCGGAAGUGACGCGGAAGAAGUGUGAAGCCAAGAUGUCACGGCUGGAGAAGGAGGUGGAGAGGGCAAGGCAGCUUCACCAGGAGACACAACACCAGCUGAAGGAGUUAAGGGAGGGUGAGUCUCCUGAUGUCAGCCAGUUCAGGGGCCGAGUCGACUCCCUGAAGAGGCAGAUCACUCACUACCAGAAGAAGUUGGCGACACUGGGCAAGGUGGCGGACAUAUCACAGCAGGGAGAUACCAAAGUCACGGAGCUCGAGGGCAGCGUGCGGGAGAUGCGUCGGCAGCAGGGGGAGCUACAGACACGGCUUCAGGAGGAGACGCAGAAGAAGGAGGAGCUGGAGCAACAGAUCACCCUAGACCAGCGCCGCAUCAAGGAGCUGGAGAUAAGACUGAAGCAGGGGGAGGGGGAGGUCGAGGGGGAGCGGGGGUGGCUGCUGGAGGAGGAGGAGAGGAUUCUGAGUCUGCGGGAGGCGACGGAGCAGCUGCAGCAGGAGGUGGAGAGGCGCGAGGAGGCUGUGAAGAAGAGGGAACGCAUGCAGAAGGAGAAGGUGCGACUGGAGACCUCCCGACGUGCUGGGCUGAAUGAGGAGGAGGUGGAGGAGGAGGAAGGGGCCGAGGGAGGUGAUGGGGGGGAGAGGCGUGAGUCGGACAUCCGUGAGGAGAUAUCACACCUCAGGGACGCCCGGGACUCCCUCAUGAUGCACCGGCAGAAGCUCGACCGCAGGAUUCAUAAGAGCGGAGGCCGGCGGGUGGGAUCGGGUGAGGAGAGGCGGCUGCUGGAGCUGGACGAGGCGAUAGAAGCGGUUGAUGCAGCGAUCGAGUACAAGAAUGAGGUGAUCUGUGGACGGGCCAAGGAGCUGCAGUCACAUGCCCUUUUGCUGAACCAGGAUCACCUGAUGGAGCGCCUCGUUAACCUGUCGCAUGAGGAGACUCGUUCGCUCCUCGUUAAGUACUUCAGCAAGGUGAUCGACCUGCGCGUGGAGUUCAGGAAGCAGGACAUAGCCUUCAACGACCUGGAGAACCAGUAUGAUGAACAGUCGCGGUACAUCAGUGACCUCAAGGCAGCGUACCAGCAAGCCAGCCUGGAGGUGGAGCGCAGGAUCACCAUGCAGCAACGCGACUACCAACAGAAGAUCGCCACCCUGCUGCGACAGUUCAACGAUGACUCCUCCGGCUCAGGUGCGCAGGAGUUCCGACUAAGAGAGAUGGAGAAGCAGGUGUUUUACUACAAGAAGCUGAGCCGAGACCUGAAGUCCAAAUUGAGACAGACCAGCGGAGAGGACGGACGGAAGGAGAGGAUGCUGCUGAGAGGCGGAGGAGGUGGAGGAGCAGGAGGUGGAGGAGUGGAAGACACACCCAACCCAACUCAACCCGACUACCACCACAGCCACCACCACCCACAACCAAAAACAGACACAACGCCCCACCACCACCCUCACCACCACACCUCCUCCUACCACCACACCCACCACCGCCCCCUCCUGCCCACCCAGCACCCCUCCGCCCCCCUCCUGCCGAGACGAACGAGGAUACAGGCGGCGGAGCAAGCAGCGCACCACCCCGUCCCCCAUACCAGGGUGACGAGGGAGAAGAACAAGAUUAUUAUACACCAAAAAUCCUCGGCCACUGCGGAUCGACAGGCCAAGUCCAAGUCGGGUCUGGAGACGAGAUGAUAGCGGUAGUUUUCUUUCUUUCUUUUUUUUUAGACAUAUUUUUGUUGAUUUUUUUUGUCCUUCCUUUGUUUUCUUGGUUUUCUGUUUUUUUCUUCUAUUUUUCCUUUUCACUUUUUUUUGUCUUAUUUUCAUUCUUAUUUUUUUCUACGUGUAUUUCCUUUUCUUGUCUUGUUUCUUUCUAUUUCUUGUUUUUUUUUUCCUCCUCCUCCUCCUCCUCCUCCUCCUCCUCUUUAUCUUAUUUUCAUUCUUAUUUUUUCAUACAUAUAUUUUCGUUCUUCCUUUGUCUCUCUUUUUUUUUAUUCCUAUUCCUGUUCAUCCUCUUCCUCCUGUUUCUCCUUUUCUUUAUUUUAUUUUCAUCCUCAUUUCUUAUACGUUAUUUUUUUGUUAUUUUUUGUUUUCUUUUUUUGUCCAUUUCUUUUUUCUCUUCUAUUUUGUUUCUAUUUUUCCUCCUCCUCCUCCUCCUCUUCCUCUUCUUUGUCUCAUUUUCGUUCUUAUUUUUGUUCUCGAUCCUCCUCCUUUUUUCCUCCUCCUCCUUCUCCUCCUGUUCCUCUUCUUUUAUUUUAUUAUCAUUUUACGUAUUAUUGUUAUCGAUCCUCUUUCUCCUCCUCCUCCUCCUCCUCCUCCUUCCAUCCUUUUUCUAGUUCUUUUUCCUCUCAUUCUUGUUCUUCUUCAUUAUUUUUAUCAUCUCCAUUUUUAUUAUUGUCAUCAUUAUUGUCAUGCCAGUCUAGUAUAUUUUUAAGAGCCAGCCUUGCAGUCAACAAUAAAAGGUGUUUUGUAAUAA